AUGGAGCAUACAUUCUCUGCGUACGAUGGAUGGCCAUUAGACAUAUCGGCCCCAAAAUCUCGAUUAGGGCAAAGUGGUUAUGUGCAUUGUUUAGAUUGUGUUUAUCAAGGAAGUACUUUGCGUCCUUAUUACUUUGACCCUGUGAUGGUUGACGCUAUGUUCGAUCGAAUACUGAGUAAGCCGGAUGUUUUCUACCGGCAUCAGCAAAACAACGAACCGGAUCUGACCACUGAAGAGAAGCGUCAGAUACUUGGUGAUCUGUUGGAGUCUAACAAAGCCAUAUUUUUGCAAAGGUAUGGUCAGUACAUGGAUGCAGCUGAUUGUGCUGUGUUUCGAGAUGAGACUGAUCCAUUGAUUACUUUCAUGGUCAGUCAAAUUGAGAUACGGAAACCUGACGCUCAAAAACUGAAAACCCGGCGUUUUCUUGCGCUGCAAAAACUUAAGGAGGAUGGCAAAUAUUUCUCCGAUGAGAAAAUGAGAGAACGGGAGCCAUUUUUGUACGACGUAAUGGUUGGAAAAUAUAACAGCGAGCAAGACAGGAUCAAUCUACGUCCAUCUGUUUCUCGAGAAGAAUGUACUGAGGGUGGUUGGGCGAACAUGAUGCUCCAAUUUGAGUCAUCUCGAGAGAUCGCACAACGAAGGAAUGAACAUCACACACAGUGGCUGAAGGACGAGAAGGAGUCUCAGCGCGCGCAACAUCUCUCACGGAUGGAAGCACAUGUAAGCAAUAUGCUUUCUCCAGAAGAGGAUGAAAUGGAGGAAGAUCUGGAAGAUGACGGUUUAGAUGAACUUCGCGAGGAAGUGAACAGAAUCAGUCAAGAGGAGGCAGAAUCGCUGGAAGAUGGAAUGGAUGAAUGCCCUGAUGUUUUACGAAGAGAGUUCGAAGCUUAUAUGCAAGAACGGUUUCUGACAGGACAGGAUGCAAGAUUUUUUGACUACGAUACUGUCGAUAACGAUGUGGCUCUAGACGAGAUGGAUGACAUCCGUGCGCGUGACAUGGAAGAGAAGUGGUUUGAUGCUGAUGAUGAUGCAGAAUGACCCCGUAUCAGUGUGCCAUUCCAGAUUCUCGUCAUUUUUUCCGCGAUUUUUUGUGUACAUAAAGUAUUAGUUAA